AUGCCUCGAAUCUAUACCUUGAAUGAUGUAGGUAAUAAUGAUGGCAGUAAACUUGGAAGCCCUCCAUCCAAUCGAUAUCUACCUAGCCGUUUAGAAUUUGAAGAACAGCUAAAAAAAGAUCGUGAAAUGUUUAUAAGAUCUGCCAAACAGCUUAUAGCUAAAUAUCAUGCCUUAGAUAAAAAAAAUAAGUGUAUGCAAAAUGAUCUAGAUCACUCACAUGAAGAAAAUGAGCGUAUGCAAGAUUCUAUGAAUCAAUUUAUCCCCCUAUCUAAGCAACUAAAUGGUUUGAAUAAUAAGUUUGUCUCCCAAAUUACUUGUAAACGAAAGUCUCAUGUUGAUCUUAAUGCCAAACAGUUAAAAGAAAUAGAAUCGCUAAAGUCUGAGAUUAAUUUAAAGGAUUCUGAAAUUACCUCUUUUGAGGUUAGAAUAAAUGAACUGGAGGCCCGUCUUCUUGCAAGCUCAAAGUCAGAAAAAUUAUGUGAAAAUUUUACCUAUGAUCCUUCCUGCAGUUCGAUAGAACAAGAGGACAAUUCCUCUCUUGAGAUUAGAGUGAAGGAAUUGAAAAAUGAACUGGAGAAAGUUACGCAAAAUUCAUCAUUUAAGGAUGGAUUAAUUUUCUGCCUCAGUUAG